AUGAGCACCGCGUGCGCUCAAAGCGACGUGGAAGGCACUUGUAGCAAACUAGCAUCUCUCGUGUCGACUGUUUCUUCCUCUCCGGGCAACACCAGCUAUGUGGAACUUGCCCAUGAGAACUGGUCUGCUACUGCAUGGGCGAGUCCCUCGUGUAUUGUACAGCCCGCAUCCGAGGAAGAUGUCCAGACAGUUGUCGACUUGCUGGUGUCUGAACAAGUUCCCUUUGCUAUCCGCUCAGGUGGCCACAGUCCUUCCCCAGGGGCUGCAAAUAUCGACAACGGCGUGCUGAUCGACACAUCUUCCCUUACGCAUGUCACUUAUGAUGCGACAACUUCCACAGUCACAGUGGGCUCAGGCAACAGAUGGGGCGAUGUCUACAACGCUCUCGACGAGUACAACGUCACGGCUGUUGGUGGAAGGGUCUUGGAUGUCGGAGUCAGCGGGUUUCUCCUGCAGAGCGGCCUUUCUUACCUGUCGGAUCUCUAUGGACUUGGUUGCGAUAAUGUGAUAGAACAUCGAAUUGUAUUGGCAAAUGGAUCCCUCGUUACGGCAAGCGCCGAUCAAAACCCAGACUUACAUUGGGCGCUCAAAGGCGGCGCCAACAAUUUUGGAAUCGUCACCUCUUUCAAGCUCAACACUUACCCCAUCCACGAGGUAUGGGGUGGCUUCAAGUUUUACGACAUUGAACAGCUCCCCGCACUCUACGCAGCCAUGGCUGAGUACCAAGCAACUCCAAACAAAGAUCCUUACGCCAAUGUCAUGUUGCAAGCCUUUACGACCAACGUCAGCACCGGAGCUGUGCUUGACAUUGUAUACCUUAAACCAGAGAUGGAUCCUGAGGCGUUUGCACCAUUUUACUCCAUCCCCACAACCAGCGAUAGUACAGGCAUUCAGACGCUCACUGAGAUGCUAGCGAAUCAAUAUGUGCCUGACAUUCCUCGUAUUGAUUGGUUCGCCACGAGUUUUCUGCCCGACGCCGAGUUGUACGGAACCAUUAACAAUCUAACCACGUCGGAAGCCAAUUUGGCGCCUAUAAAGUCCCUCAUUGCAGGUUCCAUGGCUAUUGGUCUGCAACCCAUCUCAGCCAGCCUUGUUCUCGCGGGUCAAGAACGAGGAGGCAAUGUCUUUGGGCUUCCGACAGUCAACCAUACUUGGUUCGUGCUGGACGCGGGCUGGUGGGAGGCUUCCGAUGACGCUGCUGGGCACAAUGCCACGCUUGCCAUCCGAGAUUCCAUUUGGGACGCGGCCACGGAGAGAGACCUCGGAGUGGAGUACCUAUUCUCGAAUGACGCAAGUUACAGUCAGCCAGUUCUGCAGAGCUACGGCUCGGCAAAUGUAGCAAAGAUGAAGGACGUGCAGCAACGCUACGACCCCGAUUUCGUUUUUCAAAAAUUGGUACCAGGUGGAUUCAAACUAGGCAUCUAG